UUUCUGUCAUCACAUCUCAGGUCUCCCCCUUUGGCCUGUUCACUGGGAGGGUCUCUGAGCGGUUUAUGUUUGAGCUGCCAUACAGCGGACGCUCAGUGAGCCCCGGUCAGCCUGGAUUGAACUGCUGAGCGUCUGGCUAACAGGUGGCGUUCAGGGGAAACAGUGGAGCUCUGUGCUGAAGGGAAACAGCAGCAGCAGCAGCAUGUCGGGGAUCCAGAUGUGGUCACUUCUCCUGGUUCUCUGUGCUGGCAGCUUGGAGGCUUGGUGGUUUUCCAAACAACCUCAGUCUACAACAUUAAGCCUAACCACAGAAGGAGCCACCACCCCCAGUGGGGUGUUGGUGACAGAAGGGACGGAGGACGGGAAAAUAUCGCAGGUUGGGGAGGAAAUCCUUAAAGUGGCAACAGGAAUACGUCAGGUUGUCGACAACUGGGAUGCAACUACAACCGCCUGGACUACCAGUGGAGGCCUGACAGGGACGGUGGAGGCAGCAAAGCCCAACAGUACAGAUGAAAAAGAAAAAAGCAGUGUCGUUUUGCACCAGCUGAUUGGAGAUCCUCCACCGGAUUCAAUCGCUAAAGUUACAAGGGGCGGAGGAACUGCCUACAGGUUUACCUCAGCAUCGUCAUCAGGACAACGGGCCCAGAACUUUGUCCCCAGUCCAUUCUACAGGGACUUCACCAUCAUUUUCCACCUCAGCGCUUCCACUCCUGCUGCAUCCGUCCUCUUCUCCAUCACAGACAGCGCCCAGAAAUUCAUGUACAUCGGUGUGAAGCUCAGCACACCGCAGUCUGGUCGUCAAAAGAUCCAGUUCUUCUACACUGAACCCGAUUCUGAGUCUUCGUAUGAGGCGGCCAGCUUUGACGUUCCAAUGCUUGAUAUCUAUUGGAAAGUUUUUGCUCUGUCUGUGAGUGGCGAACAGGUCAGUUUUUACUCAGAAUGUGACAGGGAUCCAGAAGUCGUGAGGUUUGAGCGCUCGCCUGAUCCGAUGGACCUGGAUCCUGGAAGUAUGAUCUUUGUGGGUCAAGCAGGAAGAGCUGAUCCAGACAAGUUUGAGGGUGAAAUUAGAGAGCUAAGACUCGUCGGAGACCCUCAGGCAUUUCAGGACUUCUGUGACUAUGAUGAUUACGCAGAUGAAAGCUCUGGAGAUGAUGGCAACAGAAAGGCUGAUAGGAAGCAAACAGGAAAGACGGUCUCUUCUACUUCCCUCCAUUCAGUCUCCAAGCCCACGAUUUCACACCAAAAAGGAGCUGGAAUCAAAACCUCAGAAAAAAGCAGUGUCGUUUUGCACCAGCUGAUUGGAGAUCCUCCACCGGAUUCAAUCGCUAAAGUUACAAGGGCCGCAGGAACUGCCUACAGGUUUACCUCAGCAUCGUCAUCAGGACAACGGGCCCAGAACUUUGUCCCCAGUCCAUUCUACAGGGACUUCACCAUCAUUUUCCACCUCAGCGCUUCCACUCCUGCUGCAUCCGUCCUCUUCUCCAUCACAGACAGCGCCCAGAAAUUCAUGUACAUCGGUGUGAAGCUCAGCACACCGCAGUCUGGUCGUCAAAAGAUCCAGUUCUUCUACACUGAACCCGAUUCUGAGUCUUCGUAUGAGGCGGCCAGCUUUGACGUUCCAAUGCUUGAUAUCAAUUGGAAAGUUUUUGCUCUGUCUGUGAAUGGCGAACAGGUCAGUUUUUACUCAGAAUGUGACAGGGAUCCAGAAGUCGUGAGGUUUGAGCGCUCGCCUGAUCCGAUGGACCUGGAUCCUGGAAGCAUGAUCUUUGUGGGUCAAGCAGGAAGAGCUGAUCCAGACAAGUUUGAGGGUGAGAUUGGAGAGCUAAGACUUGUGGGAAACCCUCAGGCAUUUCAGGGUUUCUGUGAUUAUGAGGAUUACGCUGAUGAAGUUUCUGGUGACGGGAGUCGGAAAGAAAACACUAAGACGACCACUUUUCCACCCCUCCGUCCAGUACCUGUACCCCCAAUUUCAUCCCAAAAAGGAGCCAGAAGAGGAACCUCAGGAGGCAAAGGUGAGAAGGGCGACAGAGGAGAGAAAGGCUUGAAAGGGGACCGAGGUCUUGCAGGGCCAAAGGGGGAUUCAGGCAGCAGCUCAGGCUCAAGUUUUUCCUCUCAGGGUAGAGAGCAUGGCGACAAAGGAGAAAAGGGUAAAAAGGGUGAUACUGGUUUUGGAUAUCCUGGCAAAAAGGGUGAACGUGGCGUUCAGGGGCCUCCUGGUCCUCCUGGUCCUCCAGGACCUGCAGCCGAGGUUUUCAAUCUCGGCGACGGCUCUGUUGUGCAGCCGUUGGCUGGUCCAGCUGGGCCACCCGGGCCACCAGGGCUGGAAGGGGCUGAAGGACCUCAAGGGGCUGAUGGACAGCCUGGUGAUCCAGGAGAGGAUGGAAAAGCUGGUCCUGCUGGACCGCAGGGUAUUCCAGGAAUUCCAGGAACGGCUGGUAUGAAAGGCCAAAAGGGUGAAUCUGGAAACGGUUCCCCUGGACCAAGAGGUCCCCCAGGUCUUCCAGGACCUCCAGGACCUGGCACUGGUGAUCGUCCAACAUUUGUUGACAUGGAGGGUUCAGGAUUCCCAGACUUGGAAACUUUCCGGGGUGCACCUGGUCCUCGUGGGCCCCCUGGUCCGCCCGGCCGUCCUGGGACACCUGGUACUUCAGUACUCGUCGGACCUGAUGGUCCAGUAGCCGUUGGACCUCCUGGACCGCCUGGACAAGAUGGAGUCCCUGGCCUACCAGGCCCACCUGGACCUCCUGGUCUCCCUGGCAGAUCUGGGUUCAGAGGAGAAAAGGGCGACGGUGGUGAUCUUGGCCUUCCUGGUCCAGCUGGGGAAAAGCAAGACACAACGGACUCCAACCCUUUCAAUUACUUCUUCUCUUUCUUUGCUCCAUCCUCUACGGGUGGUCAGGGCGAUGCGGGAAGGACGGGUACUCCUGGGCAGUCUGGUUUGGCAGGACUUCCAGGUCCCAUGGGACCAGUCGGGCCUCCAGGGCCUCCUGGACCGCCGGGGCCACCGUACCUCGCUGGCACUGGGAAUCAAAAUGAGGUGCUAAAUGCCCUGCCUGGCCUCAGAGGUCCACCUGGACCACAGGGUCCACCUGGCAUUGCUGGUCUACCUGGCAAGCCAGGUUUUCCAGGGGAUCAUGGAGCUAAAGGAGCAGAGGGACCAAGGGGACCUCCUGGGAUUCCAGGCAUUGAUGGAUACCCUGGAACACCAGGUAAACAGGGAGAGAGAGGGGAGAAAGGAGAGACGGGUCGUCCAGGUCGAGACGGUGGACCACCUGGACCACCUGGACCGCCUGGACAACCAGGACAGAUUCUCUACCAGCCGUCAUCAAGAGAUUUUAACGAGGUUUAUUGGAACGAAUUGGGACAGAGCGGAUCAGGGCGAACAGGAUUCCAAGGAUCAGCGGGGCCUAAAGGAGACAAAGGGGAUGCUGGUGCUCCAGGAUAUGCGCCUAAGGGACAGAAAGGAGAGCCUGGCAUUAUCAUGGGACCUGACGGGAGACCGUUGUAUCUGGGAGGCCUGACAGGACAGCCGGGUGAGAGAGGAAGUCCUGGCCCAGUGGGACCUCCUGGUCCGCAAGGUUCUUCUGGACCAAAAGGAGAGAUUGGUAUUCCUGGGAGAUCAGGUCGACCAGGAUUAAACGGGGCCAAAGGAGAGAAGGGAGACUCUGGCGGUGGGUCUGGAUACGGUCACCCUGGCAUCCCAGGACCUCCGGGGCUCCCUGGACCCCCCGGACCUCCAGGCGGGCAUGAUGAGUACUCAAGGUAUUACACAGUUAAAGGAGAGAAAGGCGAUCCCGGACCACCAGGAAUACUUGAAAUUCAAGGUCUGGGAACAGGCUCUGACUUUUACACUUUAAAGAAUGAGUUGAAAGGUGAGGUGGGUUUGAAAGGAGAGAAAGGAGAACCAGGCGGCGGUUAUUAUGACCCCCGAUACGGAGGAGGAGCUGGCUCACCAGGACCGCCUGGACCACAAGGUCCAAAAGGAGAAUCAGUUGUUGGUCCACCGGGCCCUCAGGGGCCUCCUGGACACCCAGGAAGAGGCUAUGACGGUCGACCUGGACCACCAGGCCCACCAGGACCUCCAGGUCCAUCUCUGUCUGGGCCCUAUGGAGGAACACAGACUAUCAGUAUUCCUGGACCUCCAGGGCCUCCUGGAGCUCCAGGUCUUCCAGGACACUCUUCAGGAGUGAGUUUUUGUACACAUAGAUUUUUUUAGAUUGAUGCAUAUGAU